AUGUUUAUGUACCAGUAUACCGAUAUCAAGGUGGAGGUGAAAGGUCGCAUUGGAAUCAUCAAGUUCAAUCGGCCCAAAUCUUUGAAUUCUUUCGGGGGAAACCUGCUGAUCGACACACUACACGCGGUCAAAGAGCUCGAUGAACAUCCCGAAACGGUGUUUACCGUGCUGACAGGAGAAGGGCGCUUCUUCUCAGCUGGGGCAGAUGUUCGAGCUUCCCGGCCGCUGGAUGGAGAUCCAAGCAAGUUCACAAAGACUCAACUGAAAGUUCUCCAGCUUGAGCGAUUCACAACGAUGAUGGAGCUGAUGAAGGCCCUCAUCGACCACAAAAAGGUGUUUGUUCUGGCCAUGAACGGUCCCGGUGUAGGCGGCGGAGCAGCCUGGUUCCAGGGCAUUGCCGACAUCAUCUUGGCUGCAGACAAUGCUUACCUGCAAGUCCCAUUCAGCUCUCUGGCACUCGUCCCUGAAGCCGGAUCCGCCACCAACCUGGCCAGGCACAUGGGAGUCCACCGUGCAAACGACUUUCUCAUGUUCGGCCGCAAGUUGACAGCCCAGGAGCUGGAGAGCUGGGGCUUGAUCAACCGGUUGUUCCCAGUUGAGGGGUUCCACCAGUCGGUCAUUGAGUUUUUGGAGAAGCAGCUCACUACCAACGAUGGCACCAGUAUGAUGGAGACCAAGCGACUUCAAAAUCUCCCGCUGCGGAGUGAGCGCAUCCUGGCCGUGUAUAAUGCGACCGAUGCUCUUGCAGAGAGACUUGCCAGCGGGGCACCAGCAGCGCGAUUCCAGGCAAAGAAGAUGGAACUUGAAGCCAAGUCCAAAUCCCGGCUUUAA